UCUUUUCCAAAAGAAGAUGAAGACUUCCUUGGUCUUCCUACUGGUGCAUAUAUUUUGCCAUCUUUGCAGAUCUCAGAAACACGGCAGUGACAAUGACAUCUUGCUUCAAGCUCCUAAUGUUGAGAGCGGGGAAAAGAAGGCACCGAUGCAGAGGCCUGGGAUUGAAGCUGAGGGAGGUGAAGAAGAACUGCUGCUUCAGUCUGACAUCUGGGCUGAACUGAGGAGUCUGAGAGACAUGGUGGUGGAGCAGAAAGUGGAGCUGAGGCACCUGACGGCCAGAGUAACCACUGCUGAGAGCCUGGUGGAGGCCUUAGAGAAGGAGAAUUCUGCCAUGGAGGCCAGGAUGACAGCUGUGAGAAUGACAGUAUAUGACUUGCAAUCUACAGAGCUUUCAGUCUCUCAGCAGAAGCUCAGCACGCUACAGGAAAGACUGACAGUCAAUGAAGGCAGCGUAGAGGAGCUGGAGAAACAGCAAGAAGGAAUAACGGCUGCACUGCAGGAACUUCAAAAUGCCAACAAAGUGACCCACAGUGUGGCUUUUUCUGCCUCCCUUUUGGCAUCUGGUGAUGGUAACACAAGCGCAGACACAGGUUACGUUCCACUCAUCUACAAAAAUGUCUUUACCAACAUUGGACAUCCCUACAACCCAAACACAGGUUUCUUCACUGCACCAGUGAGAGGAGUGUAUUACUUCAGAUUUACGGGUCAUAUAGCACACUCGGAAAUUAUGAUGAUAUUGAGACUUGUCAAGAACAAACACGUUUUAGUUACAGCAGCUGACCGUCACACCACACCUACAGAUGCAGAGGAUAAUGCAUCCAACGGUUUAGUGGUGCAGUUAGAAGUGGGAGAUGUUGUUUCGGUACAAAUUCUGGGAACUGUUUGGGAUGACCACUAUCACAGAACAACUUUUAGUGGCUUUCUGCUGUUUCCUUUGUAAGACAUUACAAUUACCAACAUGAGAGCUACACAAAGGAACCAAUUUAUGUAAUUUCA